AUGCAGCCCGCACGAUUGACCUUUCUCUACCCGCACCUGUUCCGGACGAUACGCGUCGCCGAGGGCGCCGCCGCCGCCGCCGCGAGCGCCUCGAGACCGCAGCCAUCAUCAUGCCGUAGGCGAGCGGCCGCCGAGGUUCGGCGAAGGGGGUACGCUGCGUUCGCCCCGACGCCGGGAGCGCAGCAGUCCGGGUUCGCGCCGCGGCACGGCAAGGGCAUCGAGCCCGUGACGAGGGAGGACGGCAGCGUGAGGAACAUGGCGCCGGCGCCGGACAUGAUGGAGACGAGCGCCGGACAGGCGGCGGUGGGGGCGUCCAAGGGGGACGCCGACGACGGGCUGGACCCGCAGAGCCCGACGACGGCAGCCGCGGCGCCGCCGCAGGCGACAACACCGGGGGAGGCGGACGAGGCGGACGAGGCCAAGGCCGCGAAGCAGGAGGCGAGGGACCAGGCCAAGAAGAGCGGGCCGCUCGAGGCGAUCCUGCACAUGGGCCCGCCCGAGGAGGUCGCCAAGCAGCACCCGCACAUGGCGCCGCCGCCGUACGUGCACCACUUUGACAGCUACUCGCUCGUCAAGGACCUCGAGAGCGGCGGGUACAGCAAGGAGCAGGCCAUUACGCUGAUGAAGGCGAUCCGCGCCAUCCUUGCGCAGAACCUGGACGUCGCGCAGGAGAGCCUCGUCAGCAAGAGCGACGUCGAGAACGUGCGUAGCAACCGUGGAGGGGGGGGGCCUUGGAGGACCGUGGACUAUGCUAACCGCCAACAGGAGACGUACCUCUUCCGGGCCGCGUGCUCGGAGCUGAGCACCGAGGUCAAGAACAACCAGAAGCUGGCGGACGAGGAGAUGCGGCAGAAGCGGACGCUGCUGCAGCACGAGGUGGACAUUCUGACGCAGAGCCUCACCCAGGAGCUGCUGACGCUCAACGACAACGUCCGGGGCAUGUUCAACGACCGCCGGAUGGCGGUGAGGGAGGAGCAAAAGGCCGGCGACAGCGUGAUCCAGCAAAUCAACUACAAAAUCAGCCUGCACCUCAGCAGCGACGCCAAGUCCGAGAUCGAGGGCCUGCGGUGGAUCCUGAUCCGGCGGUCCGUCAUCGGCAUCCUGUUCAUGGCGGUGCUGACGCUCGGCACGCUGCGGUACGGCACGUACGUCAGCCACGCCAAGCAGGCCGAGGCCGACAAGAUCCAGAAGCAGGCCGAGAUGCUCAAGAUGGCCGACGGGAAGCGGGACCACAGCUCCGCGCCGGACGCGGCGGAGAUUCUGGCGGCGAACUGA